AUGAAACAUUUCAUAAUUUUAUUACAAUUAUGUCUAUUAACUCAUUGUAACUUAUUGACUCCUGCUAUUCUGAAACAAUCUGUUGAGUUAACGCGUGAUUUGUAUCAAAUUCUUGGAUUUCCUCAAUCUGCUUUAAAUCAAACAGAAGUUCAAAUAUCGUUGGAAUGUGGCCAGAAUAUUGAUCUAGAUUUUGAGAUACAAGUUGUACUUCGUUCAUCGCCAUGUGAUAAGGAAUUUUUUGAUGCACGAAGCAGUAAUAAGUUGAAACAAAACUUGGCUUUCUACUUCUCAAAUGAUACUCAUGUUCCUGAUGGACAAGACUAUGAUAGCAUCAUGUGGUAUAAGAGUCCGCUUCAGAAAUAUUCAUGCUUGAAUUCUCAUGGUAAAAUAUUCUUCAAAGAUGAGAAGGUGAAAAACAUGGAAGUCAGGCAGUUGAUAAAAUCAUCUCGAAAGAAACGUGAAGUCUUCCCUGGGUUAAAUGGUGAAACAAUUGACGGUGGAACUAAGUUUUCACUUUCAACAUGGCAUCCAUUCCAAACAGUCCGUGUUGAUGCUAUAUACUUUUUAAUCAUGAAGAUCAAUGUUGUCAAAACACCGAAAGAUGUUCCUGACGAUAAGCUCUAUAACUUCACAGCAACAGUUGAAUGGAGAGGUCCUAAUGGAUUUUUAAGCGCUAUCGACUACCCUCUCUUGAGAUUCUACACAAUGAUGUGCGUACUCUAUGCUAUCCUGGCUAUUGUAUGGCUUAUCUUGUGCUUAAAACAUUUCCGAGAUAUUCUUCAAAUACAGUAUUGGAUAGGUGCUGUCAUCAUUCUAGGAAUGCUUGAGAAAGCUUUCUUUGUUUCAGAAUAUUCGACAAUGAAUAAUACAGGUAUGAGUUCUGAUGGGAUAAUCGAGCUUGCUGAGCUUGUAUCUUGUAUAAAACGAACAAUGUCCAGAGUUUUAGUUAUAAUUGUUUCUGUUGGAUAUGGAGUUGUCAAACCUCGCUUGGGAAAAACUCUCAAUCAAGUCGCCGGAUUAGGGCUUUUAUAUUUUGUUUUAUGUGCUAUUGAAGGUCUUGCCAGAGUCUCCAAAAAUCACGUUGAAGCUCAAAGACAGAAGCAAAUCGCGUCAUUACCUCUCGUUAUUGUUGAAGUAACUAUAUUUUACUGGAUUUAUUCAUCUCUGGGUACUACAAUGGCG